UUCUGAACAUAAAGCUGUACUGUCCCUUCUGGCAGCUAUCUCCUUAGUUAUGGUCUUUAUUCUGGUUCAGAGGAGAUGCUCCCUGGUUUCGAAAAUAGCGAUGGCACUUGGGCUCUUGGGAGUCUACAGUUACCGGGCAGCCAUUGGAAAUGUUGUAUUUCCAUGGCAACAAGACAGCAAAGCUAUCUCAAAGGGAAUUAUUGAAGCUCGCUUUGUUUAUGUCUUUGUUCUUGGCAUAAUCUUCACUGGAACCAAAGAUUUACUGAAAUCACAGGUUAUAUCUGCAGACUGCAAGUCCAAGAGUAUUGGUUUAUGGGAAGUAUAUAGUGGAUUGGUUCUGCUAGCAGCCCUGCUAUUUAGACCCCAUAACCUGCCAGUUUUGGUGUUUUGCCUGCUGAUUCAAAUGAUAAUGACAAGAUGUAUCUGGAAGCCACUAAAAUUUGAUGCAGCUCAAAUUACUAUUAUGCAUUAUUGGUUUGGCCAAGCUUUCUUCUAUUUUCAGGGAAACUCAAAUGGUAUUGCUUCAGUGGAUAUUUCAGCUGGUUUUGUGGGAUUAGACAACUAUGUGGAAAUACCAGCAAUUUUUCUUACAGGAUUUGCAACAUAUGCAGGACCUUUGCUUUGGGCCAUUCACUUGCUGUGCUACUUGAGUUCUGAAAUUAGCAGGAAUUCGGCAGCAAUGGGUCAUGGCUGUUUCUGCUAUGCACUGAUAUGUUCAGUUCCUGUCACAGUCUACAUCAUUUUGGUAACAGGUCUGCGGUACCACUUGUUCAUAUGGAGUGUGUUCUCACCUAAACUUCUUUAUGAGGGAGUGUGUGUAUUCAUCACAGCUGCUGUUUGCCUCUUCUUUACAGCCCUGGAUCAGAACCGGUCUCAGAAAAUCCACGACUGAAAGUGAAUGUGUAGUUCCAAAGGCUGUCAUCACAGUACUCCACAGACUGGAGUCGUAUAAUGAAAAUAAUGGUUUUAAAUUAUCCUGUGAAAUUUAAUUCUUUCAUUUGUUGGAAAACGUGUAUGUUAUAAAAGGCUUGUUUUAUUUAAAUAGGUUUGUGUUUCAGAAUGUUUAAUCAGAGUAAACCCACCUUUUCGUCAUUAGUUACAGCUCCCUUAUUCUGUAUCAGUUAUUUCAGAACUCAGAUCUUUACCAUCUUCACCAUUGCAGCCACUACCAUCUUAUUUAAUGAGGCAUCAGAUACUAAGAACUUCCUUAGUAAUGAAGUCUUAUUGGUGUUUUGUCACUGUCACUCAUUGCCUUCAAUGUUAAGGGCCUGAUCCCGAUCAAUGGGAAAUAUCGGGCUUUAAAUGAGGACACACUUGACUGUCCUCAUUCAACUAGGUGAAAACUGUGCUCAUUAAGUUUAGAUUUCUUCGGUUAUUCUAAAAUUGCUGGUUUGGGGCACAAUCUUUAUACAGCUACUUUUAGCUAGACAAUAAAAUGUUAAAGGUAAUUCAUUAAAACCACAGUCCCAAAAGCCAUUAUAAACUGGAAUAACAUUAGUUUGAAGUAACCUUGUGGACUUUAGUCAUAAGAUUAAGGUGUGAUUGUAAAUUGAAGAAUAUUAUUUUUCUAUUGUGUGGAACAAAUAAUGGUCAAAUCUUACUUGUUUACGUAUAUUUGAGGUUGUUAAUGAGAAGGUUACUAGGUGAAGGCAAUAUGUAAUGCCAAGCCUACAUUGGUAGAUAUUUUAAUAGUUGAAGCCUGACAACUCACUGUGAUAUUAAAUAUUUUCAGUUCUAUUAAAUAAUAUGUAAUUCUAUAAACGUGAGUUCCUUGAAAUUGCAGAUUUGUGGAAAUACGUAUGUCAGUGCCUAGCAGGCAUUUAUGAAAUGAGAAAUAUGUAUUUUACAUGCUAUAAAUGUGUGGGAUUGACUUUGCAGUCACCAUAAUGUGGAAUGACAGUUUCCUUCCUUUUAGAUUGUCACUGCAAGAUAAUGCAGGAUUUCUUGGUGAAACUUACAAGCUCUUAUAUUCUUUAACUGAUAUUUGUGUUUUUCCCCAUAUAUAUUUAACCUUUUCAUCAAACUAGUGGGUGGGUUCUGUGCAAUAAUUCAGUGUCAGUUUUUCUAGCAGUUUUCUUAAUGUAUGCAUU